UGUUGGACGGGCAUUGUUGAAGAAGCAGAAAUCGGCGAAACGACAAGCGAGUUUACAAUCGUUAAUGAACCUUACAAUAAAGUGCUUCAAGUUGGAACAAUCUUACUGGUAAACUUCAUCGCAAACUUUCCUACAGGAGUUUACAGUUUAAUCUCUCCACCAAUUGUUAUAAGAUUUCAAGGCAACAUAAUUUUUCGCAGCUCCGGGGCUUCCCCUACAGCGAGGACUCCAGAGGCAAUUUCAACAACAGAUUUGCUUUCAUUUCUAAACAGUUUGGAAGCAGAAAUAAAUUCCAAUUCAACGAAUAAUGGCAACACUACAAAUACUGGGAACACUGAAUAUAAUGGCAGCGGUCAAAAUGCUGAUAAUAUUCAACCUUCUGCAACAACAACAGAAUCUCAAAACAACUCAGCAACAACAAACAUAUCAACAACUACAACAACAAGACCAACAAUAAUAACACAACGCCCUAGAAACCCAGUUCCAAUUCCUGCAGUUACAAAGUACAACUACACAGAAAUUCUACACAAAUCUUUACUUUUCUAUGAAGCCCAGAGAUCAGGUAGAUUACCACCAGGAAAUAGAAUUCCUUGGAGAGGAAAUUCAGCCAUGAAUGACAGAGGAAAUAAUGGGGAAGAUUUGACUGGUGGUUACUAUGAUGCAGGUGACCAUGUAAAGUUUGGGUUUCCUAUGGCAUUCAGCAUCACUUUGUUAGCAUGGGGCGUGGUGGAGUACUGGGACGUAUACAGAACAACAGGGGAAUUGGAUAAUGCAAUUGAUGCAUUGAAAUGGGGAACUGAUUACUUGUUAAAGGCUCAUGUCGCUCCUAAUGUGUUGUAUGGCCAGGUUGGUGAUGGUGUAGCUGACCAUAGAUAUUGGGGUAGACCUGAAGAUAUGCCUUCUGGUAACAGACCUGCAUUUAAAGUGGAUAGAAGGAAGCCAGGCACAGACUUGGCUGCAGAAACAGCAGCAGCAAUGGCAGCUACUUCACUUGCGAUAAGAAGAAAAGCAAAUGGUUCAGAGACACCUUAUGUUCGAAACUUAAUAACUCAUGCAAAACAACUUUUUAAUUUCGCCACAACUUAUCGUAAGCUGUAUCACGUUUCAAUUCCUGGAGCUAAAAAGUUUUACAAAUCUACAAGUUUUAAAGAUGAGCUGAUUUGGGCUGCAUUGUGGAUAUAUAGAGCUACUGGAGAGGACAAAUAUAUUAGGGAUGCUGAGGGAAAAUACAUGAAUUGGGGAUUGUUUCAGCUUCCUCAUAAGUUAAGGUUUUCCUGGGAUGAUAAAAAAGCCGGUCUUCAGAUGUUAAUGGUGCAGGUUUCCAGGAAUCUUGGUUAUGGAGCAAAACGUACUGUCAAGAAUUAUUGUUCUGCUGUGAGGUCACGAAACACUAAUUACACAGAAGGAGGUCUUUUAUAUCUUCAUGAAUGGAGCCCUUUAAGAUAUGCUGCAAACACAGCAUUUAUUUGCUUGAUGGCAUCAAAUGCUGGUAUCGAUUCGGAGGUGAACGCAGCUUGGGCACGACGUCAGAUCCACUAUAUGUUAGGUGACAGUGGGAGAAGUUAUGUUGUUGGGUUUGGAACCCGAUCACCACAAAGACCUCAUCAUAGAUCAAGCUCAUGCCCACCUAGACCACAGCAAUGUAACUGGGCAAGCGAAGAGAGUCCACAACCAAACCACUUUGUGUUAAAUGGAGCACUUGUAGGGGGUCCUGACUAUAAUGAUAAUUUUCAAGACAGAAGAAAUAAUUUUAAGCAAAGUGAAGUUGCUUUAGAUUAUAAUGCUGGUUUUCAAGGCGCUGUAGCUGCACUUCAGUAUCAAGCAGUUUUUCCCAACCUUGAAAUUCUUCGCAACCAUGAGCCCUGGUUUUCACCUCACAGCACUGUUGGGACAAGUACUACUGUUAGACCAAGGGGAUCUGCUACUGCUGUUUCCCCACAAAUUUUAGUUUUUAUACUAUCAGUUUUUGCAUCAUUAUUUUUAAUUUACUCCUAAGGAUAAUAUUAUAAAAUGUUUUUUCUGUUUAAUUCUUUAAAAAUAAUAGCCAAGAUUCUAUUAUUAUAAAUGCAGAGAAGGGAAUCAACAGAAUCACAGUCGUUAAAACACACUAUUGGUAAAAGGUGUGGAAAAGAGUCAAACCAUGGCCAUUAAACCCAAAAGUACUUGUAAACUGCUUUCCUCUGUGCUGAAACUAUACAAGAUUUUAAAAAAUCAACUUUGCUUUUUCACAGCUUUGUACAGCCUAAAGCAGUGGUUCUUAAACUAUGGAAAAUAAACAAAAUUCACCAAAAAGCUAAA